AUAAUGAGGAGGAAGUCGAUGUGGAAACGUUGAAAAACAUUUUGGGUCCAGAUGCGGGCAUCAUAGAGCGAGAUGAAGAGGGGAAUGUCAUAAACGUUAUUUUGGGGAAAAGUAAAGAAGAACUCGAAGAAGACAAGGAAGUGGAACCUGCACCAGCAAAGACAGAUAUUGUGUGGGCUCUUGAAGAAGAGGCUGCUGUCGUAUAG